CUCCUCUGACGCAUUUCACUUCACACACACCCUCCCUCCAUCCCCCUGGCUCAAUUUCUGCCGUUAUAUCGGAUUCAAUCUUCGAACCUCUCUCGUUAGUUCGAGGGAGAUCAACUCUGCUGACCUCGCCCGUUGCAGUGCUUUUUGGGUCUGGGGUAGGGUAUGUGUUCGGUUACCAAGUCAGUCGAAGGAUUCUAGAGAUGGUGGCGCAGAUUUCGUACUCAAAAUAUCUGCUGAUCGCCUUACCCGCUGUCGCUUUGGUGGGUUUUGCUGCGCUAUGGUGGCAGAGAAAGGAUAAAAAACGGUCCUAUCAUGAAGUAGGGCGGGUUUCUAGCCUGAUCAUUUAUCCCGUGAAAUCUUGCAAAGGAAUCCCUGUGGAUGAUGUUAAGUGUUACAAAAUAGGAAUGGAAUAUGACAGGUUAGACAGGAGAGAUUUCACCAUGAACCAGUGAAAAAAAAUGCUUUGACAUUGCAGUGAAAAGGCUCCUUUUAGUCAGUAAGAUCGUGAGAAUAAAGGAAAUAACAGCCAUACAUCAAAGAUGCUAAUGGAACAACUUGCCAAUAUCAUUGGAAAUGUAUAGAGAACAAUGCGGAGACUAUAUAUUCAUUCAGAUUUUAGAGUAUAAGACUUUUAAACUUUGUUAAUUAAUGAAUCACAUUGCUCUUCCCAUGACUUUGCCUUAUAAAGAUAGCAUUCAUGAUCAUUUGUUGCAAAGAAGAUUUAGGCGGGUGAAGGCAUUACCGUACCACGUGAGGGAGGGUUUAACUGUAGAUCAAAGAAAAGUUAGAUCUGAGGUAUUACUUGAGUUUACAAAUGAAUUUUUUCUUUUUCAACAGGCGUUGGAUUCUAGUGGAUGCUAAUGAUACCUUUGUGUCCCAGCGUAAAGAUCCAAAGCUAGCGCUGAUUGUUCCUCGGUUUGAGGAUGGAAAAUAUCUUUGUCUUGAUGCUCCAGGAAUGGAAACUUUGAAACUGGACAUAGGAUUACAUGUAGCUGCAGAUGAACAAGAAUACAAGAGGAUAAAGUAAAACAUGUUCAUUGUGUACAGGUUAUCGUUAGCAAAUGUUAUAGGUAUAUGAUCUAUACAAGCAAGGUGUGUUGCUUUGGGGCAUGUCCUUCUAGGGUUGCCCUGGGACAAGCUCUCUCUCUUCCCAGAAAAAUUUGAAACUUCAAACUCUCUGAUACAUGAUUUUCAGCAUACUAUGACCGAUUUUAGUGCUUUAUUUUACUUCUUUUCUGUCACUGAUCACAAUUUUCAAAGUAUAGCAUAAAAUAGUCUGACAGACGACAGUUUUUCACUGCCUACACAUUUCUAAUUACAACCUGUAUUUCAGCUCAUGCAAUUAUGCAAUUUAUUUAAGGAAAGAAUUUCUGUGCACUGUACACAAACCUGGUGGUCUAUUCUUGGUUUUCUUUAGGUUUCAAGUUUUAUUUAAUAUGUAUUUUUUUUUUAUUAUGGUGAGCAGUGAAAAUUUAGCAGGUUUCAAGUUUGUGGGAUUUUGUAGAUUAUCCUCUAUAUGCAAAAUAUGGUAAAAAAGUGAGUUAAAUGUUAUUUCAAUUUCUUUUUAUUUAUAUUUGCAUUUAACUCUGAUUUGUUUUUUGUUUUUGUUUUAACUAAUCCAGGGUUUGGAGGGUUUAUGGAGAAGGUCUCUAUUGUGGAGAUAAAGCAGCAGAGUGGGUAUCUACUUUUUUAAAUAAACCUGGAUAUAAGAUGUAUAAACUUUCCAAACCAAGAGUGAUAUGUGAAGAUGACAAGUGGGGUGAUGUUGCUCUUCCAGGUGACAAGGUAAAUAUAACAUAACAAAAGGGAUCAGAUGUGUAUAGAACAGUCUUAUUGGCCACUUGUGGAAGAUGCAGUAGCCUACAAGUAACAACACCCUCCCCCCCACAAAGGUAAAAUGGAGGCAAGGGAGCCCCUGUGCCACUUUUGGGGAGGGUGUGGCUACACCUAGGCUAAAGAUGCAGUGUUCUACUUGUCAGUGCACUGAAUUCUGAGUCAAGAGGUCUGGGUCCAAGACCUGGUUAGGUGAAUGUGUGAUGUUCUUGGGCAAAACUCUCUCUCUCUCCACCCAGGAGUAUAAAUGGGUCCUGGCAAAUUAUCAGGGAAGUCUGAUGAAAUGUAAGGGCUAACCUUGCGAUGGAUUUGCACCCCAUCCAGAGGGGAGGGCCAAUGGGCUUGUGUACAGACUUUCCUUUUACCUUUUGCUGGCCAUGUUGGACCACAUAAUGGAUGCUCUCAAAGUCCAGAGCCAUCUGACAUUUUUGAUUAAGGAAGAAAAAUGGCGAGGCUCUUAGAGUAAGACUCACCUCAUUUAUUUUUCUUCUUUACAUCUUAUAUAUCUUGUUUGUUGUUCAAUCCAGGCAGCAUUUGGAGAUUUUGCUCCAUACUUGAUUGCAACUGAGGCCUCAUUAGAAGCUGUGAAUACUGAACUUUCAUCUCCUGUGACAAUGGAAAGAUUCCGUCCCAAUGUUGUGGUUGAGGGUAUGAAGGCAUUUGAUGAGGUCAGUAUGUCAAUCCAUUCUGUGAUAUCGCAUAAAAAUUGAUUAGACUUUCAUUGUGGUCACACUUUUUCCCUUUUUUACAGGACAAGUGGGCAGCUAAGAUAAUAAAAGUUGGAGAUGUUGAAUUUAGAUUCCUAAAACGAUGUGGAAGGUUAGUCAGUCAUAAAAUACAUUGAAAAAUAGCAUCAAAAGUGUCAGUGGCUAUCUUGAAAGUUAGUUUUGGUCAGAGUAGGGUUUUAAUAAAAGUUGAUUAUCAGUAGUCUAUACUGCUGCCUGUAAGACUUGUGAGGAGGAUCUUGGGUUUGGGUUUUGCUUUACAGCCCUUUUCCAGGCACAGCUGCCUAGUGUGCCAUUGGCAGCAGCAUAUGGAAAAGGUGUUUGAAACCCAUGUCAAGGGUGGAAAACACAAGAAUUGGGAGAGAAACUUUAAUCCAGCUAAAAAUGAUGUGAAAAAGCAAGAAACGCAGGCUACAUGUGAAGCUAGAACUGGAAUUUUAUUCUGGGUCCAUCACAGUUUAUCAGUCCAUACCUUUUUUAUCUCUAUGAAAUCUCCCUUUUUACCAGUUAUGCCCCUGGGCCAUGAAUAUUACAAAGAGGAACCUCUUACAAGCUCACUUAAACAUUCAAGAAUCUACAUGCACUUUCUGGCUUAUAUUGUAUAAACUAGCAUUUUAUUUAACAGUUGCUUUGUAAUGUUGGUUGCAUAAAACUCAAUUGCAGUUUGUGUGAAUGUUGGCUAAAAAUUUUGCAUAGAUUAUAUGUCAUCUUUCAAUAUAAAGUUAGCCAGUAUUUCUGAUUUCCAGUUUCUGAAUUGUUUACAAAGGUGUCAGUUAACAACAGUGAAUCCUGACACAGGUGAAAAAGAAGGAGAUGAACCUUUGGCAACUUUAAGAAGGUAAUUGUUUCUCUAUCCCAUCACCAACAAUUUUUUGACACAGGUUAACAAAGAUUUGAGUCAGCAGAAUUUCAAAUUGACAGUUUACCUUGCAAGGGUUUAGCCCUUAUUCCACAAUACAGAAAUGAAUGCAUACCAUACUCCACUGGCGGUUCAUGUCAGCACUGAAAUCCAACUGAGGAUAAAAAUGAUUUUCAUAUUAAAUUGAUUGACCAAAUUGCAAAAUUUCACUUUGUAGUGUCAUUUGGACUGUGCUCUUUUCAACAAUAUGGCUUUUAACCACAAUCUGGCAGGAACUGAUCAAAAGGCAUUAGAGAAUUGGAUACUUUCCAGCUACUUAUUGAGAAUUUUCUGGCUAAUUUUUAAGAUUGGAGAGCUUUUUUGUUAAUUUUGAGACAUGGAGAAAAAUUAGUAUGCUGCUAUAUUUAUCAAACUUAUUUUCUCUCCUAAGAGUAAACAAGACAUAACUUCUCCCUCCACAUUUAAUACAUUAUCAAAGGAACAAUGUCAGCACAACAUCUGCACACCUACCCCUCCCCUUACCCAGCAUUAACCUUAACUUAGGCCAGGGGAUAGGCUAGUGGGGAGUUGUUCAGAUACAGGCAUUGAUCCAUAUCAUACAGGCAUUGAUCCAUAUCAUACAGGCAUUGAUCCAUAUCAUUCACAUAAUUGAUAAGAAGACAGUAGGUAUCGACUAGGGGACUAUUUUUUAUCCAACACCAAAUUCUCAGUGCUGAAAUUAUAAGGAAUUGUGGCAGAUGGUAAUGAGAAUUACUAUGAAUUGAAAACAGACUGAGAUCUUGGUAUUGGAAGGUUUAAUUAUUUCAUGUAAUGUGCAAUUUUAAGAUGAAAUCAUUGCUUUGGAUUGGUUGCUUUCUAGUUGACCCCUUGUCGAUGAGUUGAUGCCUAAGAAUACAUUUAAUUCUGCUAACAAAUGCAACUUUUAAUUUAUUUUCAGAAUAAGGCUUCCGGAAGACAGAGACCCAAGACAAGGAAAUGCCCCUCUUUUUGGAGUUCUUGUUGCCCCUCAUGGCAAUACAGUGGGAGUUAUAAAGAUUGGAGAUGCUGUCAUGGUUUCAAAAUAACUGCAAUUAUAAUAACAAUAAAUAUUUAAUUGUGUUGCUUAAUAUUUAAUUUUGCAAGUGUAGAUAAAGCGUUGCUCUGAAUAGAAGCAUUAUAGUGUAGCAGAUUUGGGGUAUUACAAUGUCCCUUUUUAUUUUUUUAUUUAUUUAUUUAUUUUUUUUUUUUUUACAGUAAGCCA